AUGUCAUCGUCUGAAGAUUUAAGCAUGGAUAAUUUAGAUUCGGAUUCUUUAAGACCAGUAUACAAUUUAAUUGAACUGGGAUUAGAAGAAUACGAAGACAAUGAAUUAGUUCUUGAUACAGUUCAUGAUCUAAUGCAAUUUUUUAAACAAUCAAACUAUUUAAGAACUUGUUAUGAAAAAGUUGGAUUUAAAAAUUUUUUUGAAAGACAUUUUCAAAUAAGAGCAUUAGAAAAACCGGAACUCGAGCUAUUUUUAAAAGCACAAUUAAUGGCCUUCGAAAUUACUAAUAAAAAUGAAGAGUCUCAAAGACAAAAUUAUAGAUACAACUAUAAUGCAUCGUUAUUACUUUGUAAGCCAGUAUUUUUAAAACUUUGUGGAAUAAGUGAUCAUUUCCUUUUAGCAAUUCAAAAACAUUUACAAGAAAAAGGAUUAACUGAAAGAACUCACGGAAAUACUGGACGUGUACCUAAAUUAAAAAGUAAAGUAUUCCUUGAUUCUAGCAUUACAUUUCCAGACAGCGGCGAAAAACCUGAAGCAGAGAUCAAAGAACCUGCUGCAGUGACAGAAAGCUUGAGAAACUCUAAAACAAAAAUCAAAAAAGCCCGAGGAAGUGACAAAAAACCCGAAACAAAAAUUUUGAAACAGAGAUCAGGAACCCAAGCCAAACCUGAGGCAAAGAUCGAGGAACCUGAGGCGAAGAUUGAGGAACCUGAGGUAAAGAUCAUCAAAAAACCUGGGCAAAGAACAAAAACCCGGGAACUCAAAGCAGAAAGAGAAAAUCUAAAGAUUAGGAACCAAAGCGGCAAGAAUCAAUCAGUGUGA